AGACCUAUAUUGGAGUCUCCCCCUGCUUCCGCUUCAAAACUGUACACGCUUCCGCUCUCCUGCCACUCCCCUCCGCCUCCCCGCCGAUCGGCCGAUGGAACCCGCAGCCAUGGCAAGAUCCCCGUGCUCCGCCAUCUCCCAGGCCUCCCUCCCGUCUGUUCCGCUCGUCCGCGGCCGCUUUUCCAUCCGACCCCUCCGCGGGCUGGCCCUGGCGAGCCCCGCCGCCGCCAGGCGGCUAGUCACUCGGUGCACUGUCGGAGACAAGGCCGAGGCGGAGAAGCCUAUCGAGAAAAGAUUUCCUCCUUUCCCGACUGUCAUGGACAUCAACCAGAUCCGCGAUAUCCUCCCACAUAGGUUCCCAUUCCUUCUGGUUGACAGAGUGAUUGAUUACAAACCAGGAGAAUAUGCUGUUGCGAUCAAGAAUGUGACAAUAAACGAUAACUUCUUCCCAGGACAUUUUCCGGAACGACCCAUAAUGCCUGGUGUUCUCAUGGUUGAGGCAAUGGCCCAGGUUGGAGGUAUAGUUAUGUUGCAACCUGAAGUAGGCGGAUCUCGAGAGAACUUCUUUUUCGCAGGGAUUGAUAAAGUGAGAUUCCGGAAGCCUGUGAUUGCUGGAGACACCUUGAUCAUGCGAAUGACUCUGAUCAAGCUGCAGAAAAGAUUUGGAAUUGCAAAGAUGGAAGGGAAAGCUUAUGUCGGGGCCGACCUAGUAUGUGAAGGGGAGUUCUUGAUGGCUACUGGAUCAGAGUGAAAGCAAGAGACAUAUUAAUACGUUAACAUUUCAGCUUUCUGGUCUUGAACGAGUAUUGUGAUGGAAGAAAUCAAAACUUGCCCCCCAUUGGCGUGAGGUACCACACUUUUGCUAGUUGCUAGUCAGUUUUCCAUGUCAGGGGUUGUGUUAGUAAGGUGACAUGGGGUGUACCCCCUGUCUAAAUAGUAGAUUAGUUGACCCCUCAAAAAAAAAAGUAGAUUAGUUUGAAUGCCGGCCAUUUUAGAGGAUUAAAUGGAGAUCAAAGCAUACUUGUAUUACCAUCGGUGAUAUAAUAACUAAGGUCAUCUUUGAUGGUUCAUUUCCGCGAAACUUUCAAUACUGGAAAUCAUUAUGUAUCCUCAGAUGGUGACGAGCUUUACUUGCCUGACCUUUUUUGAAA